UCUCUUUCAUACACGCACACAGACACACAAACGCGCGCGCGCGCGCGCGCACACACACACACAUAUUCUCAUUCCCCUCUUGUGGUGGCCUAUUGUCCGGCAUUCCGAAUCUCCCUCCCCCAUCCCUUCAACCAGUUCUUAAAGGAGCAAACCCGAAAUCUUAGAAGGCGGGAGAAAUGGGGGGAAACUCAAUGUGCUUGCGUGCGUGGGCGCGCGCGCGCGCGCGCGCCUGUGUCCAUGUGGGAGCCUCUGUGUGCGCCUGUGUGUGUGUGUUGACUGUGCAACUCUGUGUGUCAGAAAACCUGUGUCUCUGUGUGUUGCUAUUUCUGUCUCCACCUAUGUGUCACCAUUAUGCUGCAUGGAUAUCUCUGGAUAUUUACCUAUGCGGGUGUGUGUGAUUAUAUUUCAGCAAGUCUGUGUGUCUCUCUGAAUGUAUCUCUGUGCGUCGCUGGUUCUGUGAGGCUGUCUCUCUCCCAAUGUGGGAUUAUGUGAGGGGAUCUCUGUGGGUUUGGAAUAUAUGUCUCCGUGAGUGACUAUCACAGUAUCUGCGAUCCUGGCUUGGUCUCUUACUCGCUCUUUGAGUCUUUGUGAAUUUAUUUCCAUGAGUCUCUGAGUAUGUGUCCCCCUCACUCUGUUGUUUAUUUUACACUGGCUGAGCAUCAACAAUGCCUAGGUUGCUGGGCAGAAUGGUUUCUGCCUCUGUCCUGGCGCUCUAUAAAUUAGAGAUAGGCAAUAGAAAGGACUAAAGGCUUCAGGAUUUGAGAGCAGUGAGGCCUGAGGCAAAUGUAGAGGAAGGGCGUGAAAGGGUCUGGGGACUCUGGCGAAUGGCAUCCUGCCCCGCCUGAGGGUGAGGGGGCCUCUCUGUGCGACCCUUUGCCUAGCUGCUGCUUUCCAUUCUUAUGCCUCAGUGUCCCAGAAUGAGUUUAACAAUCCUACCGACUCCUGAUGUGGAGGUCCCUGUGUGGGGCUACCAGGUCCCAGAGGCUAGACAGCUCAGUGUUCACACAGCAUGCCCAGUGACCUAAGCUCUAUUUCCAGUUCUCCCCACUCCCUGCCACCACAUGCAACUCUGGCUCCAGCUGACCCUAAUGAACUCCAUUGGCUGUGGAGUUGAAGUUGGGGAGUGUGGACUUGCAGUGGCAAAACCUGGUCACUCUGUCAAUACCCUUGGAUUUUUGCAGCCAUGGCCAGGAACACAGAAUGGUUCUGACUGGCAAUGGGGAUCAGCUCUGAGCCCCUGGAACCCUGGCAUGUGAAACUUCUCCUAACUGUAAGGGAAUGGCCCAAGCCCAGCAGGUCCCCAAAGAUCUACACUGUAGCUCUCCCAGACCCUCUUGGAUGACUCAUACUUCCCUCUUUCCACAGGCCUGUCUGGCCCUGAGGGGGUCCCCUUUCUGAAGCUGUGGUGCUUGGACAACCUGCUCUCUACGUUGCUAGACACCUAUAGGUGUUCCUCGAGAGCUCCGUUUUGAGGUUCAAGUCAGUGUGGCCAUGAAGGGGCUGCCUACUGGGCUGGUGCUGUGACCCUGGAGUCUGCCUUUCCUGCCAGUCCCUCUGCCCGGAACAUGUGGCUGCGGCUUGGCUCGCCCUUGCUUUCCCUGAGCCCCAAGCCCACAGUUGGCCAGAGCCUGUGCCUCACCCUGUGGUUCCUCAGCUUGGCGCUGAGGGCCAGUACCCAGGCCCCAGCACCCACAGUUAAUACUCACUUUGGGAAGCUAAGGGGUGCCCGGGUACCAUUGCCCAGUGAGAUCCUGGGGCCUGUGGACCAAUACCUUGGGGUGCCCUACGCAGCUCCCCCAAUCGGAGAGAAACGUUUUCUGCCCCCUGAACCACCCCCGUCCUGGUCGGGCAUCCGGAACGCCACACACUUUCCCCCCGUGUGCCCCCAAAACAUCCACACAGCUGUGCCUGAAGUCAUGCUGCCCGUCUGGUUCACUGCCAACUUGGAUAUUGUUGCUACUUACAUCCAGGAGCCCAAUGAAGACUGCCUCUACCUGAAUGUCUAUGUGCCCACGGAGGAUGUAAAGCGGAUUUCCAAGGAAUGCGCCCGAAAGCCCAACAAGAAAAUAUGUAGGAAAGGAGGAUCCGGCGCUAAGAAACAGGGCGAGGACUUAGCGGAUAAUGACGGGGAUGAAGAUGAAGACAUCCGGGACAGUGGCGCUAAGCCCGUCAUGGUCUACAUCCAUGGUGGCUCUUACAUGGAAGGGACAGGCAACAUGAUUGAUGGCAGUGUCCUCGCCAGUUAUGGCAACGUCAUCGUCAUCACCCUCAACUAUCGAGUUGGGGUGCUAGGUUUCCUGAGUACUGGAGAUCAGGCUGCCAAAGGCAACUAUGGGCUCCUUGACCAAAUCCAGGCCCUCCGCUGGGUGAGCGAGAAUAUUGCCUUCUUUGGUGGAGAUCCCCGCCGUAUUACUGUCUUCGGCUCUGGCAUUGGUGCAUCCUGUGUUAGCCUCCUCACACUGUCACAUCACUCUGAGGGGCUUUUCCAGAGGGCCAUCAUUCAAAGUGGUUCUGCUCUAUCCAGCUGGGCUGUGAACUACCAACCAGUGAAGUACACCAGCCUGCUGGCAGACAAGGUGGGCUGUAACGUGCUAGACACAGUGGACAUGGUGGACUGUCUUCGGCAAAAGAGUGCCAAGGAGCUGGUAGAGCAGGACAUCCAGCCAGCCCGCUACCAUGUGGCCUUUGGCCCUGUGAUUGAUGGUGAUGUCAUUCCUGAUGACCCUGAGAUCCUCAUGGAACAGGGCGAGUUCCUCAACUAUGACAUCAUGCUAGGUGUCAACCAGGGUGAGGGUCUCAAGUUUGUGGAAGGGGUGGUGGACCCUGAGGAUGGUGUCUCUGGCACUGACUUUGACUAUUCAGUCUCCAACUUUGUGGACAAUCUGUAUGGCUAUCCCGAGGGUAAGGACACCCUACGGGAGACCAUCAAGUUCAUGUACACAGACUGGGCAGACCGUGACAACCCUGAGACCCGCCGUAAGACACUAGUGGCACUCUUCACUGACCACCAGUGGGUGGAGCCCUCAGUGGUGACCGCUGAUCUGCAUGCCCGUUAUGGCUCACCUACCUACUUCUAUGCCUUCUACCAUCACUGCCAGAGCCUCAUGAAGCCUGCCUGGUCAGAUGCAGCUCAUGGGGAUGAAGUACCCUAUGUUUUUGGGGUCCCUAUGGUAGGCCCUACUGACCUCUUUCCCUGCAACUUCUCCAAGAAUGACGUUAUGCUCAGUGCUGUCGUCAUGACCUACUGGACCAACUUUGCCAAGACUGGGGAUCCCAACAAGCCGGUCCCCCAGGAUACCAAGUUCAUUCACACCAAGGCCAACCGCUUUGAGGAAGUAGCCUGGUCCAAAUACAACCCCCGAGACCAGCUCUACCUUCACAUCGGGCUGAAACCAAGGGUCCGUGACCAUUACCGGGCCACUAAGGUGGCCUUUUGGAAACACUUGGUGCCCCAUCUAUACAACCUUCAUGACAUGUUCCACUAUACGUCCACAACCACCAAAGUGCCGCCCCCGGAUACCACCCACAGCUCCCACAUUACCCGCAGGCCCAAUGGCAAGACAUGGAGCACCAAGCGGCCAGCCAUCUCACCUGCCUACAGCAACGAGAAUGCCCAAGGGUCCUGGAAUGGGGACCAGGAUGCUGGGCCACUCCUUGUGGAGAACCCUCGUGACUACUCCACUGAAUUAAGUGUCACCAUCGCUGUGGGGGCCUCCCUCCUGUUCCUUAAUGUUCUGGCCUUCGCUGCCCUGUACUACCGUAAGGACAAACGGCGUCAGGAGCCUCUGCGGCAGCCUAGCCCUCAAAGGGCUGCUGGGGCCCCUGAAUUGGGAGCUGCUCCUGAGGAGGAGCUGGCAGCAUUGCAGCUGGGCCCCACCCAUCAUGAGUGUGAGGCAGGUCCCCCCCAUGACACACUGCGCCUCACGGCACUGCCUGACUACACCCUGACCCUGCGGCGCUCCCCUGAUGACAUCCCACUCAUGACCCCCAACACCAUCACUAUGAUUCCUAACUCCCUGGUAGGGCUGCAGACAUUGCACCCCUAUAACACCUUUGCCACAGGGUUCAACAGUACUGGGCUGCCCCAUUCACACUCCACUACCCGGGUAUAGCUCCAGCCUGGAGCACAGCCUGUCUCUCCGCUCACUCCCUCCCAGAUCCACCAAUACAUGCACACACAGACACACACACACAGAUACACAUACAGACAUAUAUGUAUAAACACGCACUCACAGCCUACGGCAGACCCACCUGCACAAACAGACAGAUGUGGACAUGCACCUGCAUGUACAAAAACACAAAUACUGAAAUAAACCUGAGCAAACCCUUCAAAUGGGGAUGCAAAAAAGUCCUUGGUAAAUUGAGGACUCACGGAACAACAGCUGAAGCCAGCUCCCUGAGCCUGACCACAGACACCCCUGGGGGGCCUGAAAGCAACGGCUGGACGCCCCCUUGGUGCUCGCCUUCGGCCUCUCUUGGAACUGCACCACCAACCCACUCCAGACUUGGGAGCUUUAAAGAGCAGAGUAGCUCUUCCUCCCCUAGACUUGGUCUUUUUCUGGGUCUUGUUUUUGUUGAUUUUUUAAAAUUUUUGGAUCAAAUGCUUCUCCAACCCGUGAGUGAAAAGAGGCUCUGGAAUGGAGGGUGCCAGGCUCAGGUCUCUCUGGCUCUGGAGCCACCAGUGUGCACACAAUCAGACCGAGGGUCAGAACCCCCAAGGAUGAAACAGAUGUGAGGAAGACCAUGGGGUGGAAAGAGGAAGGGGCUAAUGAUGGAUGGGGUUGAAGGGCCAUAGGAGAGAGCCCUCCAGCCAUCUCUAUGCCCCUUUGGAGGGCUGUGGAGCCUGCAGAGUAACGUACUCACCUCAAAGCCAGCAGCACUGGCCUGGCUAGACCAGGGGACCCUAGAUUUGGUGAAUGAGUUUCUGUCACUAUUGGGCCCCUGGGCUCUGCCUCUGCCCUUGGGGUAACGCUAUCAGAAAUUCACCCCAUUUUCUUUACAGAGUCUCUUUUGUGUCUGUCAUUUCUCUUUCAAAAAGAUGGUGUUUUUUGUUGUUGUUGGCUUUUUUUUUUUUAAAGAAAAGUUCUUAAAACACUAACGGAAACCCAUGGAGUUUGUCCUUUGUAAAAAUUUUAAACACAGUGUCUUGAUAUAAAAAUAAAAAAUCCAGUUAGUACUCCCAACCUGCCUCCCUUGCACAGGCCUUGCCCCAACAGACCUCCAAGCAGGGUGCCUUGUGGCCUAGAAAUUAGGCAUUCUCCCUCUGCCUCUCUUCAGUUGAUACAAGUCUGAGCAUCACUCUGCUGGCCCC